AUGUCGUGGAUCGUUUGGCUGCUCCUGCCACGAGUAUCUGGAUAUUAUGCGCAUGAAGGUGCGGUGGAACUUCCUUUGCUGCGGCGUACACCGCCACCGACGACACUGCCGUCGCUGAGAGGUGUACAGGACAACACAUUGGCCUUGACAAAUCGGCUCGGCACGCAAUACCUGGUCCCCAUUCGCCUCAACGACGACAUCUUCCACGUACAAGUCGACACUGGGUCUGCUGACUUGUGGGUGGGUUGUGAGUUCGUCGAUAGCCCAAGCCAUUGCUCCCCUCCCGUCGGUGCAUGCAGCAACACGUCGUCGACGGAGCUGGUGUACGGCAGCGGUCGCGUCUGUCUCGACGCCCACCGCGGUGCGUUUCAACUGGGGUCGUUGGCGAUCCCACAAGUCAGCUACAGUAUUGGCAAGAGCGCUCUUCUGACGGACGGCAGCCAAGGCAUCCUUGGUCUUGCCUUUCCCCGCAUAUCUCCGUUCGUUAAUCACAGCAAUGCCUCCUUUCCCAUGCAUCACCUGGACUCGUUUAGCCUGACGCUAAGCUCUGGCGUCAACUCGGCCGGGUCUAAACUUAUCCUGAACGGCGUAGACCACAGCCGAAUUGCGUCGCAUGGCUUGAUCGGGGUCACGUUGCCCUUGAUCGAAGCCGCGCAUUGGACUGUCUCGAUGGACGACAUGGUGGUGGACGGCCAACCUUGGUCGGUCUGCGGGGCUCUUUGGCCUUGCAAAGCCAUCGUCGACUCUGGCACGACCUUCCUCUCCAUGCCACCAAGCGUGUUUGAUCAGUUUGCAGCUACCUACUUGGCACCCCAUGGCUGCACCAUGGCCCCGUCCGACGCGUAUUUCCACUUGCCAACGCUACGCCUCGUGCUCCACCGUCGCCCCUUUUCCUUGCAACGGUCCGAUUACACGUGGCAGCUCUCGCCCAAGUCUUUUCUGGUCCAAUUGCAACCAAGUGCGGUAGCCCAUACAUGGGUAUUAGGCGACACGUUUCUCAAGGUGUACCCGAUCACGUUUCAUGUUCGAGCGAGAGCCCUCACGAUUUACUGCGCGCAUGGCCGUUGCCGCGGCGGACCUGCCGUGCCUUGGGAAGUGGAUCAACUGCCCCAGAUUGGUGAGUCCAAUGUCCUUGGUACUACUGCUGCUGUCAUGUGCCGCCGUCGCAGUGGGUAG